GGUUUAGAAUGGUAUAUUAUUAUUUAUCUGGGACGAAACGAAAGUGUCGAAAGUUCAAACAAGUUGCUUAGUCCCGUUAUAAAAUAGUGAAAUUACUGCAUUGUGAUUUUCUUCUAAUCCCAGAAAUAUGCUGAACACGCUAGAUUUUAUAUUUCUAAACCUUGCCUUCAUGGUUACGUGUACAGGAUAUCUAAUAAAUAAUUACGAAACUUACGUGCCAGCAUUCGUAAUUCAGGGUUUUAAGUAUGGCAGUUUCGCGUAUCAAGGGAAUGGGGCCAUUUUCAUACAAGCAAUUGAAAUACCGAAGUCAUACUACAGGCAUUUUUAUUCGUUUUCGUCGGUGCUCAGUGCAUUAACAUUAGUUUACAUGUAUUUGGUCUAUUUUCUGGAUUUUAGUGUGAACAAGUAUGUUGUGAUAGUUUUAAACAAGAUUUUAGAACAAAAUGAACCAACAGUGUCGGCAACAGCAGCACUCAUUGCCAUGUCCCUGCUGACCAUUCAGUGUGCCCGGAGAUUCUACGAGACGCACUACCUCCAGGUGUUCGCCAAAAACAGCAAGAUGAACUUAAGUCACUACCUCGCAGGCAUUAUCCACUACUUCGCCUGCAUUAUAGCCGGUGUUGGUGAAGCUCCCCUCUUUUGUGGAAACCAAGACAGAAACACUAUGAUAUGGACCGACACUCGCACCAAGUACCUCUCCAUUCCCUGCAUCCUCAUCUUCCUGUGGGCCUGGUAUGAACAGUACCAGAGCAAUGUCAUCUUUGCCAACCUUCGCAAAGACAAAAAGUCUGGCCAAGUGGUAACUGAUGACCAUGGGAUACCGCACGGAAGAAGGUUCGAGCUGGUAUCUAGCCCUCACCGGAUGUGUGAGGUGAUCAUGUACACAGCGCUGCUACUUCUGGUGCCGACGAAAACUUACCUCUGUAUUUAUCUGUGGGUGCUUGGAAAUCAGAUCCAGACUGCGAUUCAAGCCAACGAGUGGUACAAGGCAACUUUUAAAACGUAUCCAAAGAAUAGGAAAGCCAUUUUUCCUUAUGUACUUUAAGACUGAACCGAUUUUAUACGAAUUUUGAAAGGCUAAACUACCCGCCGUGUGCGAAAUAAGAAGA